AUGAUUGGUGUUUGUGUUACAGUCAUACGUGGAGUUUCUGAAGCUAUACGCAUUGUUAUGAAACUUGUUGGUUGCCUUCUUGUGAAGCCACCAAAUGUUGUAGUUGGUGGUCUUGUGAAUAUUGAGGUUGUAGUUGGCGCUGUUGUGGUUUGCAGAGAAAAUCCUUGGUGCACCGUUGGUCUGGAUUGGAAUCCAUCUAAAAGUUGUUAG